ACAUCUCGAUCGGUUAGGGUUAGGUUCAUAUCCAAACCGUUCAGGUUGUGAACUUAACCUAACCCUAAUCUAAUCAAUCCAAAUGUGAACCUAACUAUUCGACUGUUACAGUUUUUCACAUGGCCCUGGCCACUCUCAGUCUUUUCUCUGUUUUUAUUCUACCUUUGAAUAUUGGAGUGUAGGCUAAGCACACGUCCAGAAAGGCUUAUGGACUACACUUAUUGGUCAACUAAACCACAACUGUUCUAUAGAUUUCAAAUUGUCAGCGUCAGGGUUUCUUACGUUUUGCUCAAUUUUAGUGCAGUACCUGAAAAGAAAAAGUCACCUAAUAUAUAAUAGAAAAUCUUGAAACAAUUCAAAAUGACGACACUGAGGCCUUUUACGUGCAAUGAUCUGUUUAAAUUUAACAAUGUAAAUCUGGAUCCUCUUACAGAAACAUAUGGAUUGUCGUUUUAUAUGCAUUAUCUUGCACAUUGGCCAGAAUAUAUUCAAGUAGCAGAAUCUCCGAGUGGUGAAAUUAUGGGUUAUAUCAUGGGAAAGGCAGAAGGUCAUGGAGAAAACUGGCACGGUCACGUAACAGCUCUCACAGUUUCUCCAGAUUACAGAAGACUAGGUCUUGCCGCAAUGUUGAUGAAAUUUCUCGAGGAAGUGUCGGAAAAAAAACAAGCAUAUUUUGUGGAUCUCUUUGUCAGAGUGAGCAAUAAAGUAGCCAUUACAAUGUAUCAACAAUUAGGAUAUAUUGUAUAUAGAACAGUAUUAGAAUAUUACAAUGGAGAUCCAGACGAAGAUGCAUAUGACAUGAGGAAAGCGUUAUCCAGAGAUGUGAAAAAAAAAUCUAUGAUACCAUUAACACAUCCUGUGAGACCAGAAGAAGUGGACUGACAGAAGUCAUCUCUGUGUACAAAAUAAACAUUUCUAUUCAAGUUUUGUGCAAAAAGGAUGGACUUAAACGGAGUAAAUUGAUAUUGUAUAA